AUGCGGUCCAGAACUUCCCCAGAACCUUGGGUGGCUUCCCAGCAUCGCACGAUGAGCCUAUGGGUUUCUUCGAUGGUGGGACAACCGGUUACAGACUUCACCAAGGAUUUGGCAGAUGGUCUCGUCUUGUACAAGUUGGUCAACAGAAUAAUUGCUGAUACGAGCACGUCUACCUACUCCUUGAAACCCGUGUAUUCCAAGGCGACUUUCAAGGUGCAGAAAGUGGAGAACGUAGAUGACGUGCUCAAGUACUGCCAAUUAGUAUUGAAAAUCAACACUACUAGCAUUAGCGCAGACAAUGUGGUGGACGGAAACUUGAAGCUUAUCUUGGGCCUUAUUUGGACACUCUUUGUGUACUCAACCUCGUACUCGACCUCGUUGGCAAAUGAAAGUCGGUCUUUUUCUGAGGUCAAAACAAUUCUUCUCAAAUGGCUCAAUGAUUUGGGCCGGAGGCGAGCAUUGCCUGGAAUGACCAAUUUUGACAAGGACUGGUCACUCCAGAGAAAUGCUAGACCAGAUUUGGUGUUUGCCAGCAUCCUCGAUUUCUAUAUUCCUAACAUUGUGAGCUACUCGGAUUAUUCCAUGGGUAAGAAACUCCAAAAUUUGGAGAAUGUGGUAGCAUUGGCCUGGGACGAGUUUCGAAUUCCCCAGCUCGCCGUUGCAGAAGACUUCAACGUGCUCGUGCCAGAUGAAAAAUGUAUCAUUUUCUACAUUUUGCAAUGGUACAUGUACUUUGAGGUCCAGGACGUUGGUGACGACACUCAGGUGUUCUCUGAGAGUAAUGACUGGAUGCCUGUGUUCAUGACUUCUGUAGUGGACGCCGUUCGGGUCCGUAACAAAUACGACACACGAGCAUUGCGCUUGGUGAACCACACCAACAACAAUAUUUCCAAAUUGAAUACCCUUCUGGAACAUAUGGAAGACUACAUUGAUCCAGUUCACUUGAGCCGGCUUUUAGAUGAGUAUUGCGGGCCGUUCCUGGAAAGUGCUCCUGUGGCAGAGCAGGUCUCUGCCAGAGAUGGAUGGUCUAGCAUCAAAACAUGUAUUGCUAUCUUCAUGGAACUCCUAGAGAAGUAUCUGCACUUCAGGUUGGUGCUUAAACCUGAGUAUUUUUACCAUGACUCUCCUGAGUUGAAAGUGUUAUUUAAGUCCGUCAAUACCUACCUUAAGGAAAUCGGCGUUUUUUCUGGCUACAUUCCUCAGAAGUUAUUGAGUCUAGAAUCUAUCAACUCUCGUCUCGAGAGACUAAUGGAAGCCGAUAGUGCCCUUGCUUCAAAGGUGGGUGAACAACUUAAUGAGAUCCUCAAGUCGAAAAUUACAACUCUCGAUACUUUAAUCGAUACGUUGGAAAAUAGAUUAAGCUCAGAGAAGAAGGGUAGCGAUGAAAUCAGAGCCUUCAUCGAUAGCUUGGAUCUGCUUCAGAAUUUCAAAAAUAUAGUUUGCCGGUCAAACGAACAAUUCCAAAGAAACCAUACGACGUCAGAUUUGCGGGCCUUGGUCGACUCUAUUGAUACCCUACAGAUUCCGGACACUCCGGAAACUCCAGAUAACUCCAUCUUCGCUAAGUUUAAAGAGUGUGUUCGAGCACAGAAAAACCAGUCGAACCUCACAUUUUCGGACGCAAGGAAUUUUCUUAAGCAAAUAUUGCCGUCUGAAGACAUGGAUACUGCGCCCAUAAAUGACUUUCUUAAUCUAAUUCCCACCAGAAGACUAAUUUAUCGAAGUGAAAGUGACGAUUUCAGUUCUUCUUACGCGUCAGACGAUAGCGAAGAGUCUGCAUCGAUUUUUGACCAUGUCCAAAAGACUCUCGAGCAUAAGCUUCUAGGUAAUCAUAACAAACUUUACGAUUUGGAGAGCCUAGUCAGCAAAAUCGAUGGUGGGUUCAGGAUCUAG